GUUGAAAUUGUCAAAGUGCUUAUAAUCUGUCAAUAUUUCGUAAUAAAAAGAGAUAUUUGAAUUAGUAGGACAAACCAUCUAAAAUGCCUGGUGCCAAAUCUAGAAAGAAAGACUUAUAUCUAGGCAAGAGUUUGUCUGAUCUUAAUAAAUUUGCUGAAGUGAAAGAGUUGGGACCAAACGUAAAUGUAAUUAUAAAAUCUGCUGAUAAACUGUAUAAAGAAGCAUCAAAACACGAUGAUUUAGCAGAUGAAGAAAGAUCUUAUGUUUUAUUCAUGAAAUAUUUUAAUGUUAUUUCUCAAGCGAAGAGGAAACCUGAUUACAAAAAGCAAAAGGAAUAUUAUGAUAGUUUAAUUGGUAAUAGAAAUCAGUUACAUGCUAUUGAAAGAGCAGAAAAAUUAUCUAAAAGUUUAAAUGACAGAUAUGAUUUGAUAGAAGCUGAAUCUGUAGCUAAGAAAUUAGAAGCAUUAGAUAUCAAAUCAAAAAAUAAGCAAACAGAUAAAGAAAAAGAUAAAAAAGAACCAGUUGAGGUUGAAAAAGGAGAAAGUGAAAAUGGAAGUGUCUCUCAAGAGAAAAAGACAGAAGUUGUAAACAGUAUCAAGCCUACUGGUUUAUAUAAUCUUAUUAAAGAUAAAACUAGUCAGAUAUUGAUAAUAGAUGUCAGAACAAUUAGUGAAUAUAAAGAAUCACAUCUAGAUAAUAAGUAUUGUAUUAAUGUACCAAUUGAUAUAGUUCCUCCUGGAACUACCUGUAACAGAAUAGAGAAAGAAUUAUCAGAGGAAUAUAAGUCGCUAUGGUUACAGAGAGGUAAUGUUGAUCAUAUAAUAUUAUUAGAUUGGAAUUCAACAUUAUCUACCACUACUGUUGGUACAACUUUAAAUACAUUAAAAGAUGCUUUAUUCAAGUAUGAUUCUAAGUUUAUAUUGAAAAGUGAACCAUUAAUAUUAGAAGGUGGAUAUAGUCAAUGGUUGUUAUAUUAUCCAAUGUUAACUACCAAUCCACAUAUUAACAGACCACAACCUACUGUUAAAGAACCUCUUGCUUUAUUUGUUAAUCAAAAUAAUCUCUAUCCUAGUGUGUCGUCUGAUCUUAAACCUAGUGGUAUCAAAAACACUAACAUUGCACAAUCACCUAAAUCACAAAUACCAUCCAACUCAGCUUCAAAUUCUGUUAAAACACUGCCUUCAGAUAAUUUGCCUGAAGAGACAGAUUCCAAAAAUAGUCAAAGUGUGAAACAAUUGGAGGAGGAACUGAAGAAAAUUGAAAAUUUGGAAAAGAUUCGAAAGAAACAAGAAAAAGAUGUGGCAGAUUUAAUGAGAAUGAAAAGAAAUCUACAAGAAGAUUUAAAGAAAGAGAAAUCUAACCAAGAUGAAAUGAGAAUAAAAGAGAAAGAAGAAGAAGAAUUGAGAAAAAAAGAAAUUGAAAGAUUAGAACAGGAACUACAAGAUAAACAAGAAGAAGAAAAUUUACAACAAGAAAGAGAAAAACAGAGGAAAUUAGAUCAGAUAAAACAACAACAAAAAGAAGCUGAGGAAGAACGAAGGAGGCAAGAAGAACAGAGACAAAAAGAAGAAAGGGAACAAAUAGCUCAAGAAAGACAAAGAGCUGAAAAUGAGAGAUUAGCUCAGGAAAGAUUAAGAGCGGAAAAAGAGAGAUUAUCUCAAGAGAAGGUGAAAGCUGAAAAUGAGAGAUUAGCUCAAGAAAAAGUGAAAGCAGAAAACGAGAGAGUAGUAUAUGCAACACCUGGUUUACCUGUUGGUUGGGAGAAAAGAUUAGAUCGUAAUACUAAUAGAUAUUAUUAUAUUGAUCAUAAUAAAGGUCAAACUCACUGGGAACCACCUAAUUCUACACCUACUAAAGCUAAAUUAAAAGAAGAACCAACAACACCAUCAUCAUCAUCAUCUGGUUUAAAACGUUCUUUUUCUUCUCCUGAUAUCAUGAAAUUAAUGGCAGAAGAACAGCAACAAAAACAACAACCUUCUGUUAAUAGAUCUGUUAAACCUUCUCCAAGAAUUGAACCUAAAACUUAUAUCAAAGCUCCUGUAAAGAGACGUGAUUUAAAUCCAGUAUAUGGAAAUGUGGGUGCUGCAUUAACUGGGUUAAGAAAUCUAGGGAAUACAUGUUUUAUGAAUUCUACAAUACAAUGUUUGAAUCAUACCACUCCAUUAGUUACCUAUUUUCUAAAUGAUUAUUAUGAAAGGGAUAUUAACAGAUCAAGUUUUCUGGGUAUGAAUGGUGAAGUAGUUGAUGAAUUUGCUGUAGUUACUAAAGCCUUAUGGUCAGGACAAUAUAGAUGUAUAACUCCUAGAGAUUUAAAGAGUACAAUUGGUAAAUAUAAUCCAAUGUUUGCUGGUUAUGAACAACAAGAUUCUCAGGAAUUUUUAACAUUUUUACUGGAUGGAUUACAUGAGGGUUUGAAUGAGGUAAAACGUAGACCCCAGAUUCCAGAUCAAAAUAAUGAUAAUAUACCAGAUAGAGAAGCUGCAGAAUUAGCAUGGGCUAAUCAUAAAAAAGUGAACAGUUCAGUCAUUGUUUCAUUGUUCCAGGGUCAGUUAAAAUCAACUGUUCAGUGUCGGACUUGUGGUAAACAAUCUGUUACAUUUGAAGCUUUUAUGUAUCUAUCCUUACCUAUACCAGAUAAAUCUAGAUGUACAUUGAAGGAUUGUAUACAAACAUUUUUAAGACCUGAAAUGAUGACUGGUAGCUCUAGAUAUAAAUGUAGUGUAUGUAAAGUACCUAGAGAUGCUGUUAAACGUAUUGAAUUAUGGAAACUUCCUGCUAUAUUAUUGAUAGGAUUAAACAGAUUUGUUAGUGAUGGUAUGUGGAUGCAAAAGAAAACUAACUAUGUAGAUUAUGCUGUAACUGAUUUAAAUCUAAGUGGUUACAUUGCUGGUCCUGUGUCCAAAACUUAUAAUUUAUAUGCAGUGUCUAAUCAUUAUGGAACUAUGGAAGGGGGACAUUAUACAGCAUAUUGUCAGAACCCUUCCUCUAGAAAAUGGUAUAAAUUUGAUGACCAUGAAGUCUAUGAUAUAUCAUCAUCUGAUGUCAAGUCAUCUGCAGGUUACCUAUUAUUUUAUACGUCUAUGAAGUUACCAGUGCCUGAAUAUAAACCUCAAUUCUAA